AGAGAGAGGAGCUGGAUAGAUAGAUGCAGCAGCCCUUAAUAGCACACCAGCCUCGCUGCAGCUGAGAGACACGGGGGCUGAACAGCUGAGCGCAGAACGGAGAGAGAGAGGGAGCGGGAGAGAGAACGAGAGGGAGAGAGCGAGAGAGCGCCGGGGAACGGGGGGAAGUUGCGGUCUCCGGGAACUGGGUCAGAGACGGACGGACGGAGCGCAGGUGGAGGAGAGGAAGGAGGGAAGAGAGAGAGAGAGAGAGAGGAGAAGGAAAGUAGACGGAGGAGACAGGCGGAGGAGCGCGCGAGGGGGCUCGGACCCGACCGGAGCUACGCGCCCUGCCGGAGCCACACGCACGCACCGGAACCGUUUACCGGGGGGAAAGUUUUCCGUUGUUGAGCGAGCGGACCGAGGACCGUCCCCCCGCUCAGGACAGGACGUUGGGAGGACGUUGGGAGGACUCCGGGCGUGUGCGGGGCGCGUGUGGGGGUCUGUCUCUGAGACAUGGUAGCGGGUGACCCCGUGUCGCCGCAGCAUGGAGAAGUCCAGUAGCGAGGAGUCGGCCAUCCACCGCAGCCCGUCCCUGGACAGCCGCGAGUCGGACUUCGCCCGCGCCUCCGCCUCGGGCCGGCCCUUCGGGGGCCGCGGCUUCACCGCCGGGGCCUUCUACGGCUCCACGGGGCCCCGGGCCGGGGCCGCGGCCUCCUCCGCCGCCGACAAGGGCCCCGGCGCGCGCAAGGCCGCCGGCGACAAGGCCGCCGCCAAGGGGAGCAAAUACGUGGUCUUUUACCUGGAUCUAUCCUUUGUGUUCCUCCUAGAAUUCAAGAAGUUCAAAAUGGCACGGGGAUGCCUCUGCUGUCUCAAGUACAUGAUGUUCCUCUUCAACCUCGUCUUCUGGCUGUGUGGCUGCGGCCUGCUGGGAGUGGGGAUCUGGCUGUCGGUGUCCCAGGGCAGCUUCGCCACCUUCUCGCCCUCCUUCCCCUCGCUCUCCGCCGCCAACCUGGUCAUCGCCGUGGGCGCCAUCGUCAUGGUGACGGGCUUCCUGGGCUGCCUCGGAGCCAUCAAGGAGAACAAGUGCCUGCUGCUGAGCUUCUUCAUAGUGCUCCUGAUCAUUCUCCUGGUUGAGCUGAUCCUGCUCAUUUUGUUCUUCGUCUACACAGAAAAGGUGAGCGAGAACGCGCAGAAGGACCUGAAGGAUGGGCUGGCGCUGUACAACACGGACAACAACGUGGGGCUGAAGAACGCCUGGAACAUCAUCCAGGCCGAGUGGAAGUGCUGCGGGGUGACGGGCUACACGGACUGGCACGAGGCCCUCAAGGAGAAGGUGGUGCCCGACCGCUGCUGCCAGGAGCACUACAAGGAGUGCGGACGCAACUCCACCAACAUGUUCUGGACCCGGGGCUGCUACGAGAAGGUGGAGGAGUGGCUGGACGAUAACAAGCACCUCCUGGGCACCAUCGGCAUGUGCAUACUGGUAGUGCAGCUCCUGGGUAUGGCCUUCUCCAUGACGCUCUUCCAGCAGAUCCACAGAUCGGGGAAGAAGUACGACGCCUAGCUCCGGCGGGGAGCGCAGAGGCAGCGGGGCGAACCCCUCCAUCCGAUUGGAUAGACUGUGGAGGGGACACACCCCACCCCCAGAACACCCCCCCCCCACCCCCUCUCUCCUUACAUCACUGGCCACACCCCCCCCCCCCCCCAAGGCGUCCCAGAAGCCCCACGCAGACUCUCGCUGUGCCACGUUGGUUCCCUGCCCUUUCCAGUCGCCAUUUAUUUGCCAAAGAGAAGUUGGACCGGGGGAAGAUUAAGGAACGUCGACUUUUGGCAAGGAACCCUACACGGCUACCCUACCCCCACUCCUUUCUUUUUGUAUUCUUUUUCUCCGAAACUAAACGUUAGCGCGAAGGAAAAAUAAUGACUCUACGGAUUUACCCGUUUAAUCUCCUCCACUGACAAAAAGGGAUUUGUAAAAAAAAAAAAAGAACUGACAUUCUAACACCUACUACCACCGCCUCCCCCAAUAUAAAUGGAUUCUAGUCUUGACAAACGUUGACACCCCGCCCUCUUCCUCUCCCAUGUAAAAAGACAGAAGGUAAAAAUAUAGCAUGCUACAGUUUUCUUUUCUACUUAACUUUGCCAUUUAAAAGUGAACACGCAAACCUUUUUUUUUGUUGUUUUUAAAAUGGCUGACUGUGUUUGUCUCCUCACGCUGUAGGAUGUGUGUGUGUUUUUUUUGUGCGGAGGUGUUGGGGGACGUCCUGUGUGGAGGGCCCCUGCCCCUGGGGCCCCUCUCUCUCUUUAGGGCCGUUUCACUCGGGACCCUAGGAGACCGCAGCGUCCCCCACCCAACGGUCAGGUCAAUACUUCAUGUGUUACUGAGGAAGCUGCUGAGACUAGAGAGGCAGAACUAACCCCCUGAGUCCUCUCCCCCCAGACUGCUGUACACACACACACACACACACACACGUACUAUUCACACAGGAAGCCCGUAUUCACAUAGGAAGCCCAUACACACACAGGAAGCUUGUACACACACAGGAAGCUCGUAUUUGUACACACACAGGAUGCCCAGACACACACAGGAUGCCCGUACACACACAGGAUGCCCGUACACACACAGGAUGCCCGUACACACACAGGAUGCCCGUACACACACAGGAUGCCCGUACACACACAGGAUGCCCGUACACACACAGGAUGCCCGUACACACACAGGAUGCCCGUACACACACAGGAAGCUC